AGUCAAGUUUUCCCUCUUCAAGCCCAGCAGGAUCGACAGAAGGCCUCCACAUUCAGAAACUCAGAGCGGAGCCGAACAUCCAUCAGGAUCAGACGAUGAGGAGUGGAGUCGGCUUAUAUGUGCUGGGCUUGCUGUGCCUCUACAGCUCAGUUUUGGGGCAGGAGACAGUGGAGGUCCGGCCAGGCAUCCUCAUUUUCUGUGAUGACCCAGCUGUGCAGAAGGCUGUGACCAGCGCUGUGCACAAGUUCAAUGAGAGGCUCACUACCGGACAUAAGCUGGCCUUCUAUCAGAUACUAUCAGCCAGCAAGUCAGAGAACGGCUCAGGUUCUGUGUACUCACUGAAGUUCACCAGCAGGAGGAGUGAUUGUCAAGUAAGCAGCAAGAAACCCUGGACAGACUGCGACUAUCUGCCUAUAGGACGCAAGAGGCCCCUUUCAUGCAAUGCCACAGUCUACAUGACAGACACAGAAACAGACACUGAACAGGUGGAUUGCCUGCUAGAUGAUUACAUCUUCCCAGAGAAAGCUUCCUGUUUGGGCUGCCCCGAGGAUAUUGAUACGAACUCAGAGGACAUUAAGGUUCCUCUUUCCGCCUCCAUCUCCAAGUAUAACUCCAUCUCUGAGUCUACACACCUGUUCACCCUGCACAGUAUCGGCCAAGCCACCAGACAGGUGGUUGCAGGUUUCAGAUUCAAGCUGAGAUUUGAUGUGAAGAAGACCACCUGCGCCAAGUCUGAACACAAAGACCUCAACGAGUUGUGUGUCCCUGAUGAAGAGAAUGCGGAGUUCUUUAACUGUAACUCUACAGUGGAUGUAGCACCAUGGAGACUUGAGGCCCCAGAUGCCGAGUUAAAGUGUGAACAAGGUGCACUGCCUACGAUAUUAACCAGGCGCCGUCCUCCCGGCUGGUCUCCGCUCAGGAACGUUAUUUUCGACCGUCCCGCUACUGGUCCAUCUCAACCCUCACCACCCCCCGUCAAGGUCUCAACCAAGGAGGAAUCAUCUGAGGAAGACACGUCAGCCUCCAAAGCUUCAAAAGCUGUGAAUGACGACCCCUUCCAUUGCCCAUCCAAGCCCUGGAAACCCUUCAACCCAGUCCACACUGGUGCAGCUCCCACGAAGGCUACCGCAGAGUUGGCUUCCCCCAAGCCCUCAGUAGAAGGGGCCCUCACUGAUACAGACCUGGUGGGACAAAAAUAA